UGUGUCAUUUCUUUGUGUUCUUCUGUUUCAGGAUUGAUUUAAUUUUAUUUGUAUGUCAUCUCACUAAUCGUUACGUUCCCUUUCAGGUACCUAAAUCAUAGCCUUUCCUUCUAUCCUAAAUUUUCCCUAUUUUCUUUUUGAUUCCUCCAGGGUGUGCGGUCGCGCGUCUGCUCUCAUUUGCUGUGAAUGAGAGCAGCGGCUUCCACGUGGCCGCAUGUCCAGGUGCUGAUUAAAGGUAUAUCAAAUUCUUUCGAAGAUGAUAACCAGGUAUCAAUUCAAGCGCAAAACAAAGCCUCUGAAUUGGUGCAAGACCGUACGCAUUUACCUUCUCGAGGUUGCACCUGUUUUAAUACAGAAAAUGUGACGGAUCGUAUUAAUUGUAUUAUAACUUUAUGUUAUAUGUUCACUUAUUUUAUUUGUUUCUGAAAAGUAAAAUAAUGAACAUGAACAUGUGUUAUAUCAGUUAAUGAGGAGGAAAAGAAUUAAAAAUAUUGUUGAUAAGGAUAACAACGAUGUGAUGGGUUGCAUAUAGUUCCAUUGGAGACAGCUGUUUUGCUGCAUAACCUAAACAAGACAGGGUGAAGAGCCUGACAACAUGAAGCAGUUCUGGAAGUUUCUGCUGAGGAGGAGCUUACCUGCUGAUUCGUUGAAGAAGCUCAAUUUUGCCGUUUUGGGUUUGGGAGAUUCCAGCUACGUCAAGUAUAAUUUUGUGGCGAAACGAUUGAACAAGAGACUCGGACAGCUGGGGGCGCAUCAGUUGAUUCCGAUCGGUUUGGGCGAUGAUCAGCACGAUUUGGGAUACGACGGAGCCUCGGAUCCUUGGAUUGAAGCACUUUGGAUUAACGCUUUGAACGCUUUUCCUUUGCCUCAAGGAGUCUCUCCUUUGGAUAGGAAUCAGCCGGUGGUGCCAAGGUGGAAUGUUACUUCGAAAUUGUGUUUGGAGCCGAAAUCCGUCAAUAAGCAGCAGAGCUUGUACUAUUCCACGAGGACUUCCAAAGAAUUCUUUGUUACAAUCAUAGAUAAUGUUAGAGUUACUACAGACGACCAUUUUCAGGAUGUUAGAUUAAUUAAGCUGAAGACGAACGGACAAGAGUACAAUUCCGGUGAUGUAGUCGUGCUGAGACCUAGGAAUCUUCCAUCCCAGGUGGCCGAGUUCCAGCGGAUCUUAUUGGAGAACGACGUCGAUAUUCCACCCGAAACGAUUUUUAACCUAUCAGAAAGGAGCUCGGAUUUCCCGGUGCCGCCCCAUUUGCAAGGACCAAUCAGCUUCCAGCAAUUGUGCGAGGAGUACUUCGAUCUGACAUCGAUCCCGCGAAGACACACCUUCAGCAUCCUGGCGCAGCUGACGGACAGCGAGAUCGAGAAGGAGAAAUGCCUGGAAUUCACGACGGCCGAAGGACAAGACGACUUGUACAACUACUGCAACAGACCGAGGAGAAACAUCACCGAAGUGCUCGAGGAUUUCCGGCACGCCACGAAGAAUAUUACCAAGGAUAUACUUUUCGAGCUGCUUCAGCCGAUCAAACCUCGAGACUUCUCCAUAGCGAGCAGUUGCCGUUACCAUAGAGACGAGAUUCAUAUUCUCGUCGCGGUCGUCAAGUACAAGACGAAGUUGACGAAAGAACGGUUAGGGUUGUGCUCCAAUUAUCUUGCCGAUCUGAAGAGCGGAGACGAGGUUUCCGUGUGGUUGAAGAAGGGUAGUUUUAAGUUUCCGUUGAAUCCGGAAGAUCCGGCGAUCAUGGUCGGUCCCGGAACCGGCGUCGCGCCCUUCAGGAACUUCAUCUUCCAGAGAGUGAACGAAGGCGUCGCAAGCGCUGACAACUUGAUUCUAUUCUUCGGAUGUCGGAGCAGAUGCAAGGACUUCUACUGCAAAGACGAGUACGAGAGUCUUCAAGACGAAGGGAUGUUGCAUCUGAUAUGCGCCUUCUCCCGGGAUCAAGACGACAAAAUAUACGUUCAGCAUAAGAUCGCCGAGAAUGCGAAGGAGGUGUGGAGAGCGUUGGCGACGAGGAGGGCUCACAUUUUCGUUGCGGGAAAUUCGAAAAAUAUGCCGCAGGAGGUGCGCAGCGCUUUCGCACGAGUGUGCGUCGAGGAGGGCGGUUUGGACGAGGAGAAGGCGGAGGCUUUCCUCGCUCAAAUGGAGAAGACCAAUCAGUACCAAACUGAAACGUGGUCUUGAUGCAUUUUUCACCAAUAGUAUAAAAGGAAUUUUAAUAGGCAAAUUUUAUAUAUUUAUU